AUGAUGUUACCGGAGAGAUAUCCGGUCGGUUUGGAGCGAAGCAGAGGGGAGUUCGAGGCGUCGCUGGUGUAUGACCACGUCGAUGCGGAGGUUGGAUCCGACAAGGCCUUGCAAGAAUCCGGAGGCUUCGGUGGCUGGAGCGGAACCGGCGGCGGCGGAUCCGGAGGGAUCGGUGGGAUUGUGGGCUCCAUCGAUUGUGACCAUUCCGGCGUAGCCGAAAAGAGACAAACCCGGGAGUGGGGAGGCUUCCGGUCAGAUUCAUCGUCGAUGGCGUCACGAGGGAAGACAGUACCACCUUCGUGCCGGCUCUACGAGCCUUGGACCAGAUCGAAAUGGCCGAGUGAUGAGUCAUGUCGAUACCAACAAUUCCGGCAGAGGGAAGCGGGUGAGUUCCGUUAUUCUUGA